AUUUCCAUGGAGAACAGAACGGAGGGAGAGCUCAGACAGGCGGGAAGCCGUCGAAUCUGCGCUUAAACGCCGACUUCCCACACAAUUCUCAUCUCUUGGUUUAAUUAUUCACGACGUUCAUAACGCAAUGUCCACACAGCGCAUCAGUUUAUCUCUCUUGUUCUUCCAAUUUUUCCUCCUCUUUCCUUCAAUAAUUUCAGCUAUCAGGAAUAAUAUUGGGUUAGCAGUAAAUAGAUCAUGUAGGAGCACUGUUCAGGGAAGAUAUUUACUGGCUGAUGAUAGUGGCUAUGUAUGUGAUGCUUCGUCUUUUGAUCCACUAUCUCGUUGCUGCCUAGGGAAAGGGGAAAAAUUUCCUUGUCAUGGAUGCAAUCUUGUUUCACAAUGUUGUAAUUCCUACGAAUAUUGUGUUUCAUGCUGCCAGGAUCCUUCAAGGACAAAAAGGGAGCAAAUACUAAAAAUAAAAAUUGCUAAGCCUUCCACUGCAGGGACAUAUGCCGGUGUGUUUGAUUUCUGUGUUGGGAGGUGUCGUCAUAGUUCGGAGAGUGUUGUGCACGAAAAUGCUUAUCGCAGCGAUUACCAUCAUUGCUUUUCUCUGCCGUCAUAUUCUUCAGGAGUCAAUGGCACGGAACUAGAAUUCAAACUCAACGGUGUCAACGUCAUUAUUGGAAGACAAGGAGAGUCAUGUGAUUCAGUUUGCAAGACAAAUGGACAAUCAUGCAUCCCAAACAAGCUUAUGGUCCUAAAUCACUGUGACAUUAUGCAAAAAUACUUGAGCUGCAAAGGAGGUUGCUUACCAAGUGUUGGGCCUGAUCAACCUGCUGAAGUUGCUUAUAAUUCUCCUAAAGAACUGAAUCCAGGAGCGUGCUUAUACAGCAGCGCACAGCCAAUGCUUUCUUGCGAUGGCUCACACCCGCAUACCAGAAGGCUUUGUCCUUGCGCCUAGCACAUCUUCUAGAUAUGUUCUUAGUUCAAAUCAAAAUCAAAGAUGGGUCUGAAAAUUUGAAGAAUUAUGCAUCCUCUGACAGUUUACUUUAAGGAAUUCCAUCAGUUUCAUGCAGCAGAUAGAAGGAAGUAUGUUUUCAGCUUAACAGUUUACUUUAUUUGUUUAUGUACAAAUCUUCAGUUAUUUUCUGGAGAAUAAUGGUAACUACAAAGUGUUCUUGUAAGAUUAAUGUAACAGGUUGAAGGAGAUCGAAAAACGGCGAAUUGUAGAACUAGUUAAAGACAUAUUUCUGUUCAUAUGUGUUGAACUCGAAUAGUUUUUGUUCUUACUCA